AUGUCAAGUACAAUUCCACCAUUACCUCAUCCAGUUAGAGGUUCUUUAAAACUUCCAUUAUCAGUAAAAGAAUUUGAAAACAUUAAUAAUCCUGAGACAAUUUUAUCAUUAAUUGAAAUGGUAAAAUUAGAGGAAAUAAAAAAAUUUAUAAAUUGUAGUGAUGAAUUAGGUAAAAUAAUACAAAAAGAUAUUAAGAGAAGAUGGGAGAUUAGUGAACAACGGGCUAAGGAUAUUGAAGCAUAUUUAGAAGUUAAUAAACCAGAUCAAAAUACUAUUGAAGAUGAUAGAUUUGAUAUUUUUUGUGAUCUUUUAGAUAAAGCAUGUCAAGCAUUUGAAAUUUAUGAUGAACAUGAAAGUAGAGAAAUAGCUAGUGGAAAAAGACUUUAUUUGGAGUGUGAAUUAUUAGAAAUUAUUAAUAAGUCUUUUGAUACAAUUUAUAAAAAAAUGCAAACAUUAGAUGAAUUUAAAGAUGAUAGAGAUGGAGCUUUUAAUGAACGUGAUAUUAUACGUAUUGAUAUUCGAUCACUGGAUGUUCAAUAUUCUUUAAUUCAUGAAAGAUUUUUAAAAGCAUUCUUAGAAAUGGAAUGGUAA